UGUCUGGCGGCGGUCACGCGACUGUCAAGAUGGCGGCCCCCAGGAGCUGGGUUUUAUGGAGCUUCUGCUGCCGUGGGUCGUCGCGGGUGUUGCUGGGCUGCAGGCUUCCCGGGCUUCGUAGCUCCUGGCCCAGGGGCCCGCUGGGUGCGCGGCCCUUGUCCCAAGAGAAGCGGGCAACCGAAACGCACUUCGGGUUUGAGACUGUGUCGGAAGAGGAGAAGGGGGGCAAAGUCUAUCAGGUGUUUGAAAGUGUGGCCAAGAAGUAUGAUGUGAUGAAUGAUAUGAUGAGUCUUGGUAUCCACCGUAUUUGGAAGGAUUUGCUGCUCUGGAAGAUGCGCCCGUUUCCGGGGACCCAGCUGCUGGAUGUUGCUGGAGGCACAGGUGACAUUGCAUUCCGGUUCCUUAAUUAUGUUCAGGCACAGCAUCAGAGAAAGGAGAAGAGGCAAUUAAGGGCCCAACAAAAUUUAUCCUGGGAAGAAAUUGCCAAAAAGUACCAGAAUGAGGAGGAUUCUUUGGACGGUUCUCAUGUCAUGGUCUGUGACAUCAACAAGGAGAUGCUAAAGAUUGGAAAACAGAAAGCCCGUGCUCGAGGAUACAAAGCUGGUGUCUCCUCUCACCCCCUGCCCCCAAAAAAGAAAAAAACCCUUUUGCCCUCCUACCUCUAUUUCAUCAUGGGUUUCUCAGAGGGCCCAACUGAUGCAGUUGAAGAAUCACCCGUAAAUGGUACUCCUCAAAUUUCCCUAGCACGGUACUCUCAACAGCCAAUGGGAGAAUGCCUGGGUAUCUCCAGGAACCUGUUGCAGCCUCCAAAUAGACAGUUUCUGCUCUAGCUUAAAGAUAUACAUUUUGCAUUUGGCUUUCUGUUCGUUUUCAUAUUUUGAAAUACUUUUGCCCCUAGUUUUAUGCCCCAGUAGAAGUACUGAUCUGGCAGCUGCAGCAUGUUUACCCAGCUCUUCAGAGCCGCUGCACUGCCCUCUUCCACGCUGGCCGAGCACUGCAGGCAGCCCCCGUGAGAGGCAGCGGUGCACAGCAAAGGAAGCCAAGUCCCUUGGGUCCAUGUCAGCACUUCUCCCCUCCCCCACCCCCACCAUGAGUGUCUAUGGUUAUUUUAGCUCAAUUCUGCUUCCUCCUCCUCCUCCCACCCGCAGAAUGAGCUGCCUAGACGAACUGCAGCCCACUUGGCCCCCCAAAUGAAGGGCUCUUUUGUUAACCAUCAACACUGAUCAGAAGGCUGACAAUCACUAGUGUUUCUAGACAAAGGCACCGUGUUCUUACUCCUACUGAGAAACGUGUUUCCCUUCUCUCUGGUGCUUAGCCACGAAGACUGGAGAACAAAGAUGGAAAUGAUGGGUAAUGUUCCACCUCUUGAAUCAUCUCUUCCAUAGCACAGCUUGCCCUUCAGGCUCUCCUAACAGCCAAGAAAUCCACCUGCAUAGGAAUCAUUACAUGCUGCAUAGUAUGGUUUUAUCUUUCCUCCUUGCUUUAUCAAUCUCCAAUAAUAAUGCCUUUGCAAAAAAUAUCAUGCAAAAAAAUUUGAAACUAAGUGGGAAGAUCCUAGAAAUGAUUUAAUAGUUUAAAAAAUUAAUGUGUAAAGGCAUUUUUGUGUGUAGUACUAUUAUGUGUUUUACUUACAUGUAGCACUUCCUCCCAAAAUGGAAGCUUGGAGGGCAGGAACCUUAAAAAGAUUAUUUGAUGGUUUAUAAAAGUGAUAUAUUUGGGAAAAUUUUGGAUAUUAGAAAUCAAAAAUUUGAAAAGGUAUUAAGAAGUAAAUAUUAACCAGAGUUUCAGCAUCCAGAGAUGACCAUGACCCUCAAUAUAUUUCCUUCCUAGCUUUUUCCUAAUCAUGUUCUUUUUAUAAAAUUGAGAACAUCUUAUGUAUAUAAUUUAGUAUCCUGCUUUAUUUAAUUCAGCAUUGUAUCAUGAGAUUUUCCCAUGUUAUUAAAAACUCCUGGGAAUUCCCUGGCGGUCCAGUGAUUAGGACUCCACACUCUAACUGCUGAGGGCUCAGGUUCGAUCCAUGGUCAAGGAACUAAUAUCCCACAAGCUGCGUGGUGCGGCCAAAAAAAAAAAAAAAAAUUUCCUUAAAAUCAUUUUUUAUGAUAUUCUGUCAUAUGGAUGUUUUAUGAUUUGCAUAACCAAUUUAUGUAACUAGUUGAUCUUUCAUUUUUUUCUGAUGUUUUUGCACGUAGCACAAUGUUGUGACAUCCUUAUUUGUAAAUUUUUGCAUGCAUCAUUAUUUUCUUUUUACUGACAAUAUAUUUGGACAAGUGUUCAGGCUCUCUAGAUCUCAAUUACCUUAUCUAUAAAAUGUAGAAAAUAAUAACCCUUCUCACAGUAGGAGGUACUAUCCCAUAACUGUUAAAAACACAGGCUCUGGAAUAAAACUUACUGAGUUCUAAUCCGUCUGUGUGACCUUAGGCAAGGUACUUCAGUCUUUCUGAUACUCAAUUUUGUUCACCUGAAACAUGAAGAUGGUAGUACGGCUGUCUCAGAGUCGGUAUGAGGAUGUGAGAAGAUAAUGUAUGUAAAGUGAUAACACAGACCCUGCCAUCAUGGGCUUAGUAAGCAGUAGCUUUGAUGAUGAUGUCAUUAAUGUCCUCCUCUUAAAAUUCAAAUAGCUGGGUCAAAGGAUAUACUUAUUACUAAGGCUCUUGUUAAAUACUGCUGGCAUACUUUCCAGGAGGGUUAUUUCCAUUUACCUUCCCCUAUAGUGCCUUCCUUCUAUAUCAUACUUUUUUUUUUUAAGUUCCAUUGAGACAACGAACGUGACAGUGCUUUUAUUUUAUUUAUUUAUUUAAGGAAGCCAAGUGUUUUAUUUUAUUUUAAAUGUAUUUAUUUAUUUAUGGCUGCAUUGGGUCUUUGUUGCUGCACGCGGGCUUUCUCUAGUUGCAGUGAGCGUCGGCUACUCUUCAUUGCCGUGCACGGGCUUCUCAUUGCGGUUGUUUCUCUUGUUGUGGAACACGGGCUCUAGGCGCACGGGCUUCAGUAGUUGUGGCACGCAGGCUUCAGUAGUUGUGGUUCACGGGCUCUAGAGCACAGGCUCAGUAGUUGUGGUGCACAGGCUUAGUGGCUCCGUGGCAUGUGGGAUCUUUCCAGACCAGGGCUCGAACCUUGUCCCCUGCAUUGGCAGGCGGAUUCUUAACCACUACACCACCAGGGAAGUCCCUAUAUCAUACUUUAUGUCUGAUUCACUGCAAGUUGAAUAAUAUUAAAGCCAAAUCAGGAUCCUCAGAGGACAUAGCUACCCUGAUGGGGAGCUCCCUUGGGUGUUUUCUGAAUUCAUGACCAGACUUGCAGUCAAGACACUUUGCUUCUGUAUGACUCCAGUAGAACCAAUAUAAUUAUACUAAAUUACGUACUUAGAAUACUUCCAAUGAUUGUCUGAAGUAGGUACUAUUAUUGACUCCAUUUUACAGAUGAGGAAACAAAGUAGUUUAUUAAAGAUUAUAUGGCUAAUAAAUGGGGAAGCUGGAAUUAGAACACAGGCAACCCCAGGACCUGGGCUCUUAACCACAGUGCUUUACACAAAACACCUAGUGGAUAAAAAUUGCUUAAGGGUAAGGCAUAACUAAGUAACCAGUGUCUACUCUGAGAACCUUGCGGGGACUUCCUGCUAAACUUCAAGGUCGCCAGCUUCACAUUCUCAGGACUGGAGGACACCGUGAAGACGGUGGCCAGGAAUCCACUGGAGAAGGCAGGUGUGUAUUUUCUGACACCACUUCAGAUACCACAUGUGUGAUGUUUGCUCAGCACCAAACAGCUCUCCAGUUCUCCAAUGUCAACCAGCUGUCCAACAAUUUAGUUCAGUUCUGACACUAAUUACCCAGAGUUAGCGUCAGAUUCCACAGGUUUAAGGGCUAAUUGCCACAGGACUGCCCCCACUUCACAAGCCAGCCGCAAACAGGGUGUCCACAGUACCCACAGUUCUGUCCGGCCUACUGAAAAUUCAGGGUUUCCCAUGACCCCCUCCUCAGGUUUGACAGUUCACUGGGUGCAGAGGAGACAGUUGUCCAGACUGAGGCCAGAACUGCUUUUCUC